CGCCAUUACUGUACCCCAUCCAUCCAUUGCCUUCCCCUACAGCACUCACGCCAUCCAUCAGCUGGUGCAACAGCUAACUCGCCUUAGUCCCCGCUCUCACUAAGCCCUCCGCUAGCCUUAGUCUUCGGUUGCAGCAAAUCCGGAGACCUAGCGAUUCUGAUCUACGUUCGUUGGUGGAAGGGCUCUCCCGGCGCUAUCUAACUACUACUACUUCAGGGUUUCCGGUUGACACUUCCACUGCUCGACAAGAUCCGGGAUCCGAGAUCUUCUUGAUCUUACAUAGCUUCUGACCCAGCUAUUUUAUAAGGCAUGAAUUCGGCAGGAGUUGUAGUUCCCAGAAGCUUCCGGCUUCUGGAUGAGCUGGACCGAGGGGAGAAAGGUAUCGGCGAUGGCUCGGUGAGCUACGGCAUGGACGAUGCAGACGACAUCUACAUGCGAUCCUGGACGGGAACCGUCAUUGGCCCGAACAACUCUGUGCAUGAGGGCCGCAUCUACACAGUGAAGCUCUACUGUGAUAAGGACUACCCGGAACGGCCACCCACUGUGCGCUUCCACUCACGCAUCAACAUGCAUUGUGUCAACCAGGAGACGGGUGUGGUUGAGCCGAAGCACUUUCCGUUGUUGGCACAGUGGCGUCGAGAGCACACCAUGGAAACCAUAUUGACUGAGCUGCGUCGUGAGAUGGCGUCAGGUCACAACCGCAAGAUACAGCAGCCACCUGAGGGAUCAACCUUCUGAUAUGCGUGCAGUGGACAAAACGUCGGUUUUCAUUCUCGUUUCCUUGCAACCAUUGUCCUUGUUUGCUUGCUUUGACUGAUCGGGUUGGCGCCUGCUAUUUUCAUAUUUCACUAUUUCACAAGGAAAAACCAAUCUCAAUUUCACUCAUGUUUGCACGUUGGUUCUAUGAAGUUACAUU